AGAGGCGUGUUUGUGUACAUAAGUAUAUAUAUACAACGCUAGCAAGAGUAAUGGCUGAGCAAGCUGACAUUAAGACUGGAAAGUACUUCAAAACCCUCUUGGAUGAGAAACACAAGUACAAGCGCUACGAGGUUUUGAUACCUAAUGAGUUCACCCCCAAACAACCCUGGGGAAGCUUCCCUCAAGACAAGUGGGAUAAAGUAGGAGAAUGCUACCCAGAGCACUUGCGGAAAACUCCUAACUUCACUACACACAUCCCCAUAUAUCGUGUAUCACACAUGACACAUGACAAGCCAGCAAGGAGCAUUGAUUCUACAUUACCACAAGGCUACUACACAUUCAAGCCAAAGGCCAGACUAGGAAAACAAGGGGAUCUAGGGGGACCAGUCACUCGGGGUGAGACUAUAAGCUACGGUGGAGCAUUAGGAGAGACAUACAAGCAACUUGAAAGUGGAGAAUUCGAGUUACUUCACCGAUCAGAAGCAAGCCCUGUGUUCCCGGGUUAUCUAUCUUGGUGGGGAAUCGAUGUCAAAGAGACACAGGAGGGAAGAGAAUUAACGUCUCAAAUCAAGAGGAGCAAAUGCUAUGUGCCUGGUUAUCUAAAUGAUCCAGAAACUUCGAUGUACGGCAACAACUCCUACAGCAUAAAAUUUUCUGACCUACUGACCAGCUAUCAGACAGCGAGAAGCGACAAGCCUGGGGGUGAAGUACAGCUUAAAAUUGGAGGAACUUUAUUGUACAAGCAAAAAAUUUGCUAUGUAGUGAUGGUUGGUCUAGAAGAAGACGAAGAGCUCCAAUCAAUGCCUUCUAUUGGGAAUUACGAGAACGAGUACUUCAGUCCCUUCCAACACAAUGGGCUUAUUAAUUCGAAAGGAGUAAUCAUCAAUCCACAUAAAGUACCGAAUUUCAGAGCAUUCUUUAUCGUUAGCAGUUGGGAGAACAAAAAGUUCAACUGGGAGGAACUAGUGUUUGCACUCUAUUUCCCCAACCCAGAGCAAGAGCUCACUUGCCAAAAGGAGUUAGUUCAAACUAGUUCAGUGGAACAUACAUUCUGCCAUUAUAAGCAACCAAUUCAAAACUAUGGUAAAUGGGCGUGUCCAAACUAGAGAAGAAGUGUAGAUAAUUAAUAACGCAUAUAUAUAUUUUUUUGGCAUUGCUGAGUACAUACAUUGCUAUUAUCAUGUGUUUUAUUUGAGGUG